UUUUCCCAGUAAGUGUAUGUUAAGGUCAGUUAGUCGGUUAGUAUUAACAUCUCGACUAACAACAAGUGUUACUCCAACAAUAACAACAACCUCUACAGUAUUUCCUCGUAUUACCACCCUUACUCUUACUCUAUCCAGAUCCUUGGUAAUCCCGAUGGAGGCUCAGAUGACGAAAUGGACGUUGAGUGCAGGUGAUAUUGAGGGCGGAGUUAAGGAGUUGAUGAACAAAACAACUGGAAUGUACGAUGAAAUAUCUGCUCUUCAGGGAGAGAAGGUAUCAGAGGCUCUGUCCAAGCUGACAGAAGUACACAGAUAUUACGACAGUUUGUCCUGUUUGUACGACUUUCCUUCACAGGUUUCAGCUGAUAAAGCAGUUAGAGAUGCUUCUGUAGAAGCAGAUAGAGUGUUAUCAGACUUCAGUGUCGCAAUGAGCGCCCGUAAGGAUGUGUUUGAUGUGAUGUGCAGCUACGGUGAAACUUACACUCCACCUACACCAGAAUCAGUUAGACUGCUGGCUCGAGUUAUUCGUGAUGGCAAAAGAGUAGGUUUACACCUAGAAAAGGCAAAACAGGAUCGUAUCAAAGAAAUCAACUCGAAAAUGAGUAGUUUAGGUAUUGAGUUUCAAAACAACAUGAACGAAGACAAAACAGCGAUGUUCUUUAAAACUGAGCAGCUAAAAGGUUGUUCUGAGGACUUCGUUAAAGGGCUAGAAAGGAACGAGGCAGGCGAACACAAGGUUACAUUACAGUACCCAUGUUUGUACCCCAUACUAAAACAGUGUAGCGUGGAGGCAACCAGAAAACAACUUCUUAUUACUAGAUACUCUAUGUGCAAAGAUCUUAACACUCCCAUUUUAGAGGAGUUAGUUAAACUGCGAGCAGAGAAAGCAGGUUUACUCGGAUACCCCACACACUCAGACUUUAUCCUCGAUGCGCGCAUGGCUAAAACCAAAGACACAGUCAAAACGUUUCUAACGGAUAUGGUCGGUAAGAUGAAGGAGCCGUUGAGUGCCGAAUUUGAGGGAUUCUUGGAGAUUAAGGAGAGGGAGUGUAAGGAGAAUGGAGAGGAAUGUUGUGGAAGUGUGCAACCUUGGGAUAUUUAUCACUAUAUGCAGAUCACAGAAAAAGAGAAGUAUUCAGUCGAUACUGAACUUCUGAAACAAUAUUUCCCAAUGGAUAUUGUCACGAAGGGCUUGCUGGAGAUCUACCAACUUAUUUUCAACCUCCGCUUUGAAAAGAUCGAGAAUGCGCCCGUUUGGCAUCCUGAUGUCCAACUCUUCUCAGUGUUCGACAAAACAACUUCCGCAUUUUUAGGGCAAUUCUACAUGGACCUGCACCCACGUGACGGGAAGUACGGUCACGCAGCGGUAUUUGGUUUACAGCCCGGGUGUGUUAAAUCUGACGGGGAACGGCAGCCAGCCGUGUGUGCGCUGGUGUGUAACUUUACAGCGCCUACUGCAGACAAACCAUCACUACUGUACCACAGCGAGGUUGAGACCUAUUUCCAUGAGUUUGGGCACGCAAUGCAUCAGAUCUGUUCUCAGACCGAGCAUACCUACUUUUCAGGUACCAGAGUCGAGAGAGAUUUUGUGGAAGCACCCUCCCAAAUGUUGGAGAAUUGGUGUUGGGAGAAAGACAGUUUAAAGAUGAUGUCCGGACAUUACAAGGAUGGAACUGCCAUUCCAUGUGAUUUGUUGGAGAAGCUUGUAAGCAGCAAGCUUGCUAAUGUUGCCACCACUACUUGCAGACAGCUAGUGUUCGGUUUGUUCGACCAAGAUAUCCACACCCGAGAAAAUGCGGACACAGCACAGUGUUUCAGUAACGCCCACUCACUAGUAAUGGGUAACCCUGCUCCAGAGGGAACCAACUUCGCUGCUCAGUUCGGUCAUAUGGCAGGCGGAUACGACGCACAGUACUACGGGUACAUGUGGAGCGAGGUGUACAGCGAGGACAUGUUCCAGACGGUAUUUAAAGAAACUGGCGUUCUCUCACCUGAAGGAGGUAUGAAGUACAGGACCUGUAUUUUACAGCCCGGGGGAUCUGUUGAUGCUUUUGAUAUGUUAAAGAAUAUGCUGGGAAGAGAUCCUAACUCUGAUGCUUUCUUUAAAGCUAAAGGAUUUGCUUAAGUGCUGAGUUUUAGUUAGUUUGGUGGUGAAGCUAGGAACAUUUCUGU